AUGUCCACCACCCAUUACAUCAUACACACUCAGUAUGACAUCCACCCAUUACAUCAUACACUGACUCAGUAUGACAUCCACCACCCAUUACAUCAUACACUGACUCAGUAUGACAUCCACCACCCAUUACAUCAUACACUGACUCAGUAUGACAUCCACCACCCAUUACAUCAUACACUGACUCAGUAUGACAUCCACCACCCAUUACAUCAUACACUGACUCAGUAUGACAUCCACCUCCCAUUACAUCAUACACUGACUCAGUAUGACAUCCACCUCCCAUUACAUCAUACACUGACUCAGUAUGACAUCCACCUCCCAUUACAUCAUACACUAACUCAGUAUGACAUCCACCACCCAUUACAUCAUACACUAACUCAGUAUGACAUCCACCACCCAUUACAUCAUACACUAACUCAGUAUGACAUCCACCACCCAUUACAUCAUACACUAACUCAGUAUGACAUCCACCACCCAUUACAUCAUACACUAACUCAGUAUGACAUCCACCACCCAUUACAUCAUACACCUACUCAGUAUGGCAUCCACCACCCAUUACAUCAUACACCGACUCAGUAUGGCAUCCACCACCCAUUACAUCAUACACUGACUCAGUAUGACAUCCACCACCCAUUACGUCAUACACCGACUCAGUAUGACAUCCACCACCCAUUACAUCAUACACUAACUCAGUAUGACAUCCACCACCCAUUACAUCAUACACUAACUCAGUAUGACAUCCACCACCCAUUACAUCAUACACUAACUCAGUAUGACAUCCACCACCCAUUACAUCAUACACUAACUCAGUAUGACAUACUCCACUCAUUACAUCAUACUGGGGGCUGUUGUGGGGAUAACUUGCAGCAAGGCUGUGAUACAAUAUUGAGCACCAGCCCUGCUGGCUUGUUUGGCCCCAUGACAUGAGAAUUGGCUAACUGGCAAAGGAGAUCUUUGAUCUUCCAAAGGCCGUGCCACCUCUCGCUUGCCUGCUGCCCAGAGGUUGUGGCCUCUGUGGCUCUUAUGGCAAAUCCAGCACUGAUUACACAGCCCCCCGAUUUCUUCUUCAGCUGA